GUCCUUGUGGAGGCCCAUCACGCGGACAAGAAACGAAGCUUAAACCCCGUUUGAUAUUUUAGUCGGAGCUCCGGUGAAAAAAUGGCGGCAAAGAUUACUGGUGGAGGCUGCUCAUGGCGACGCUUUUACAGGAAGAGAACACCAUCUCGAUUUCUGAUUUUCUCUGUUCGAGCAUCUAGUUCCAUGGAUGAUAUGGACACCGUCUACAAGCAAUUGGGAUUGUUUUCAUUAAAGAAGAAGAUUAAAGAUGUUGUUCUUAAGGCUGAGAUGUUUGCACCGGAUGCUCUUGAGCUUGAAGAAGAGCAAUGGAUAAAGCAAGAAGAAACAAUGCGUUACUAUGAUUUAUGGGAUGAUCCAGCCAAAUCUGAUGAGAUUCUUCUCAAACUAGCUGAUCGAGCAAAAACAGUUGAUUCCCUCAAAGACCUCAAAUACAAGGCUGAAGAGGCUAAGCUAAUCAUACAAUUGGGUGAGAUGGAUGCGAUAGAUUACAGUCUCUUUGAGCAAGCUUACGAUUCAUCGCUCGAUGUAAGCAGAUCUUUGCAUCACUAUGAGAUGUCUAAGCUUCUUACGGAUCAAUAUGAUGCUGAAGGCGCUUGUAUGAUUAUCAAGUCUGGAUCUCAAGACGCAAAAUCUCAGAUAUGGACAGAGCAAGUUGUAAGUAUGUAUAUCAAAUGGGCAGAAAAGCUAGGCCAAAACGCGAGAGUGGCUGAGAAAUGUAGCUUCUUGAGCAAUAAAAGUGGUGUAAAUUCAGCCACAAUAGAGUUUGAAUUCGACUUUGCUUAUGGUUAUCUCUUAGGUGAGCGAGGCGUGCACCGCCUUAUCAUAAGUUCCACUUCUAAUGAGGAAUGUUCAGCGACUGUUGAUAUCAUACCGCUAUUCUUGAGAGCAUCUCCUGAUUUUGAAGUAAAGGAAGAUGAUUUGAUUGUUUCGUAUCCUGCAAAAGAGAACCAUAAAAUAGCUGAGAAUAUGGUUAGUAUUCAACAUAUACCGAGUGGAAUAACUGUUGAAUCGUCAGGAGAAAGAAACCGGUUUGCAAACAGGAUCAAAGCGCUAAAUCGGUUAAAGGCGAAGCUGCUUGUGAUAGCAAAAGAGCAAAAAAAUUCGGAUGUAAAUAAAAUAAACAGCAAGAACAUUUUGGAACCAUGGGAAGAAACGAGGAGAUAUGUCUCUAAGGGUCAAAAGAUGGUGGUUGAUACAAAAACCGGUUUAGAGAUUCUGGACCUGAAAUCGGUCUUGGAUGGGAACAUUGGACCACUCCUUGGAGCUCAUAUUAGUAUGAGAAGAUCAAUUGAUGCGAUUUAGGCUUAAUCAAUUGAUACUUUAAUU